CUGAGUUCUGAAAAUCUCAUCAUUAGAAAGAGCAUAUUCGAAAACCAAUAGAAAAACAUGUUUAUAGGCUUUCAUACCAGUUCUACAGCAUAUGUCCGCCUGCUCUAUAGAAAAAUGCCCACUGUGCUUGGUCAUGUUGAUAAAUUGAAGUGGCUGCAUUAAAUUAAAAAAAUUAUUUUGAACUGAACAUUGCUUUUUUGUUUGGUAGACGGUGACUCAUUUCAGCAUGUAAUGGAUAUGUAGCGUUUAAUUUUUAUGCAUUAAAAUACAUGUAUUUGUAAACAUAUGCUUUUAUUUUAGGUGAAAUGAUGAUCCAUUAUUUUUAUAUUGAUCAAGCAAAACAGCAGAGUAGUAGUCAAAGUGAAACAAGUGAACGUGGUGGGGGUAAUAAUCAAAAUUUGUUUGUACCUAGUCAAGAAAUUUUAAAUGGCAAUUUUUUCUUAUUGGGUCAAUCUGUUUGGAUUAUUUGCCAACUACUACUCGAAAAAUUAUUAACAGUCAGUGAUCUUGAUCCUAUAAGAAGAUAUUUACCACCGUACGAUAGACCAAAGGCAAAUGCGCGUUAUUCAUCUAUUCAGGAUUCUGCGUAUGGAAGUUUAGGUGUUAAUGAAAAAUUUGGAUUUUCUGGAAGGCCAAAUCGUCCGAUUGGCGUUCUCGGAACGUGUAAAGUUUAUCGUAUAUGCUCAAAAACAGUCGUCGCCUAUCCCUUGACAUUUGAAACAAACGAUUUUUAUAUGUCAGCCGAUCAUAAUUUACUUCUGGAUAAUAUUCGGAGUGACUUCGAAUUUUUAACAAAAUGUUGGAAAUUAAAAGGUCGUCCAAUAUAUAUUAUGCUUCUACGAGAACAACAUCUAAGGGGUCCUCAAAAAGCUGAGUUAUUAGAACUUUUAACACAAAUUCGCCAAGGAAAAUUAUCAUCAAACAUCACUGUUCGUCUUGAACGUCUUCAGACAUCGAUAGCCGCAGCUUGUAUCGAACAUUUGGAUUUUUUAAAUUUUAAUUCUGAAGCGGUUGAACUACAUUUUAAUCCUGUUAACGAGCCUAAAAGUGUUCAUGAGAGUGGCCAAUAUAAAAGUUUAACAGAUAUGUCAAAAUUACCAAUUAUAUUUGAAGAUCUUGACUAUGUUAAUCAUGUAUGCGAUUUCAAAAAUCGUUCACCACACGAACUACGUGAGAUUUUGAAAAAUACGGACACAUCUGUAUCAUCCUUACGCAUACAAACAUUAUGCGUAUAUGAACUCUAUAAACAAGGUGGUCUAGAAUUAAUGAUUGAUCAUCGACGAGUUCGUGAAUAUUUAGAAAUGAUUGGAAAAGAGGCGGCUGAAAUACAACACUGGUCUAUACUUCGCUUUGUUUCAAGUAUUUUACACAAAAUGGUAGAUAGUUUAGCACCGGCGCUAACAAAUUUACUUGUUCGUGGAAAAACGGUAACCAUUGGUGUAUUUGGUCAUGAUGAGACAGUUAUUGACAAACCAAUGCGUCCAAAAGAAAUAUUUGAUAUAUUAUAUGGUGAUAGUGUAUUUGGGCGAAGUGAAUUUCAUGCCGUAUUAUUACAAGAAUUACUCAUUAAUGUUUCAACAUUGAUGUCGACAAAUCCUCAACUUUUUAAUGGAAUACUAAAAUUACGUUUAGGAUGGAUAUUAGAGGCAAUGAAACUCGGAUUAGAUAAUUUCAAAGCCGAUAUCGAAGAUCUUGUCACAUUAAAUACAUUAUCUCCAAAUGAAGUUAAACAGUUACUCUAUUAUGUGCUAACGUUUAAUGUCCAAUUAUUUCAAGAUAGAGCUGAAGCUGAACGUCGUACUUAUUUUCAAAAGCGUCAGAUGGACGGUGCUCUCUGCCGUGUUCCAAUUCAGUUUUUUGAACAUGCUUGGUAUAUAUUAGAAAAAACACCUGGAGGUAUCAAAUUAUGCGAUUAUUUAUUACCACAGCAACCGACACUCUCAGAUAUGACUGAUUAUGAACUAAAUUUUUCAUUAAAAAUCGAUGAAAUGUUGAGUCGGAUAUCAGAUCCACCAUACAGAUGUCUUGUUGUCGAAAUGUUUGAAUUAAUCAAUGUAUUACUACGACGAAAUCCAGAACUUCGUUUUUUGAAAACUCUCGAUUUUGAUUAUUUGAUUAGUGAAGCUGUACAAUUGUUCAAACAACAAACAAAUCCGCCUGAUGCGUAUAGUGCUUUUUAUAAUUUACCCAUUAGUCUUCUUGGUUCGACGGGUUUUAUGAUAAAAGCAAUUAUUGGUUAUUUAUUUGAUCCAACAGCAGCAGUAACAUCAGAAACCAAUAUUGAAAUAUGUAAAAUUUCAUAA